AUAUACAUUUGUUCCACUACUUCAAUAUACAUAUUGAAUUAGUCAUAUCAUUAUUUAUGCAUGCUUGGUUGUCUAACUCUGGUGUUUCAAAAUUGUUUGUUUAUAAUUUUUUAAUCCAUAUUAUUUUUUGUUACGACUUGUCUUAAAACUUUUAUUUCGAGUCAUAUCAGUUAAUGAUAACUUAUGAUGAACUAUUGAAGUAAAAUUGGUAACCAUGUAACAGGCAGGAAACUAUGAACUCAGUAACUAAUGCGCUGUGGUUGGUGUUGCGGUUAUGGAUUCUAUUUAUAAUUUUAUUUAUUUAGUUUUCUGAUGACAGCGGUUGCACUCGAUCAGUCAAAAAAGUAUGUUUUAAUAUUUUUAUGUCAAAAAGAUGAACAAAGAUUUAUCUGACCAUAUAAAGAUCCUUAUGUAUUUGUCAAUAUAUUCCACAAAUGCUACAGCUAUAACUACAUUUUCGAUUAAAGCAGAAAAGCCACAUUCAGGAAAAGAUGAUUACGAAAUUUAUUUCUACAUUCAUAGUGGUAACAUUAAAGAAUACUUUAUUUGGACAUACAGUCAGACCACUUCCACACAUUUAGCGUUUAAUAAUAUUGGCACUAAAAUAAUGAUCACCUCGCCACCGUGUUAUCAAAAAAAUUUAAAUCCCAACAACACUUCUGAACCGAAAUUCAUUACUAAUUUUAAUAAAUUUAAUAAAAAUAAAAUGCAGAUUAACAAUGUAAUAAUCAAUGAUGAGAUAAUCUAUUAUUUAACCAAGACUGUUAUGUCUGAAGACAUAAAGGAAUUAUUUCCUGUGGAUGUGCCUGACGAAAGCAUCGAAAACGUGUUAUCCUACUUACUCAAACACGGGCAAAAUGGCAUAAUUUUCACCAAAAAAGAGAUUGAAUGUGUUUUUCAACAUUUUGGUGUAAAGAUAGGAAUUAAAGCAAAUAAGGGUCCAGUACGAGGAUUUCAAUACGAAGAAAAGAUAUUUACUUUGGUUGCCCUUAGAUGUUGCUUCGAUACUGACAUCAAAUAUUUCGAAAUUAUGAGUAACGCACCCGCCUUCGGAGCUUUGGAUGAUAUGGUUUUAAAAAUUAUAUUUCCUAAUGGUGAAAAGCAUCUGGUUCUUGGACAAAUGAAACAUUCCAUCGUAGGAGAAAUCAAAAUUUCAGAUCAGUUCAGUAAGUAUACAGAGGCGUAUGAAAUGAUAAAACGAUUGAAUAUGGACAUGAAUGAAAUAUCUGUCGUAUUUAUUACUAACACUGACUUCCGUGUUCAAAGAGAGAAAAGUAAAUGUGGUAGCAGUAUAAUUACACGAUUAAUAAAUACUAGUGACGCACUUGAAGAUAAUAUUUAUACCAUAAAAGGUACAGAACACGAAAUGUUUUCAAAUAGUUUAUUUUUUGUAAACCAAGUAAAUAAUGAUGAUUUUCCCAUGAAAAUAUCAAGCAUUUUGAAUGAUUUAGAUAAUGAUAGAAUUUCACUGAUAUCAGAACUCUUAAAACAGGCCAGCCAUAAAGAUAUAUGGGUAAAUAGGGAUCACGUUAUUGCUAUUUUAGUGAAAGUUAUUUUGAAACCGUUCGAUUUAAACUUUAAUUGUAAUCAAUUUAAUUUUUCUCCAUCGAUUGAUGAGGUGAAUUUAGUUGUUAACACAUUUAAAAAAUAUUCUGUAUCAACCCUUCCAAACACAUAUUGUAAUUGCUUAAAAUUUUGUUUAGAAAAGUUUCUGUCGAAUAUUACAAAUUUGAACGAUUUUAUUAUUGACGAGAAUUUGAAAAAUCGUUUUGAAACAAUAAGUUCUUUGAUUCCGGACUUCUUGAACACUUUGGACAUUCUUGAGUUAAAUCUGACUCUUGACAUAAAUGACCUGGUGUAUAUGUUGUGUUUGAGAUAUGAAAUACCGUUAUUGGUACAUUACUCAAAAACAACAGCAAACUAUAUACUUUUUCUGUUAAGUAGGAAUUUAAUAAAACAGAGUAUUAUAUUGUUAACAUCGGAUAAUACUGAAGUACCUCAAUUAGAGAACCGCUUCUAUAAUAUAAGUAAUGAUGAUUUAGUUGCACAAAUCUUUACAAAUUUAAAAGUUAGCUUAAAUGCAAAAAAUAUGCUUAAUUUCUCUGAUUUACUUCAAAAUGAUAUGAUUGAAAAUAUUCUCAAAACAAUUUCUCCUAACGUUUUUUUAGAACUGCUUAAAGGUAUUAAUUUGAAUAAGCCAAUGGAAAUGAACAUUAAUUAUAUAGAGCGGUCUGUUAAACAACAGUUUGGCUAUAAAAAUGAAAGAGAACUACUCAGUGCUGAAGAGAAGGUUUUUAUUAUUUCUGGUAAUGCAGGGCUGGGAAAAACAACUUUAUUAAAAAAAAUUAGGAUUCUCAGCAGUCCCUUGGUUUGGUCACUAUAUAUAGAUUUAAAAUUGCAUUUCGAAGAAUUGAACAAAUUUUCUGGUAAAUAUUUAGAGCUCAUAAAUAUAGAGCAAAAAAUAAGAGAUCUAGAACAUAAAGAUACCGACACCUGUAAAGAAUUGAAAGAAUUGAAAUCAAAAAAAGAAGAUAUACAACAGACUUUUAUAAAAUAUUUAAUUGAAACUCAAACAAAUAUUGCAGACAGUCAGAUUAUCAAUUGUUUAAUCAAUUUGAUAAUUUUUUUGAAAAAUAGAGGCAUGGUGUUACUGUUAAUGGAUGGUUUUGAUGAAGUCGAUCUUAAAAUGGAUAUAGUUAAUCUUGUUUCGAAGCUUGAUAUCCGAAUAAUUAUAACGACAAGAAAUUAUAAGACCAUAAAGUUAGAAAAGAUAUUGGAUACCAAAGCUUGGGAGCUGACUAAAUUUAGCAAAGAAGAUAAAAUACACUAUUUAUCACUAGCUUAUUCUUCAACUGACAAAAAAACUUUGACUAAAGUCGUCGAAGAAUUGGAUACAAUGGUGAAUCCAGAUGUUAUGGGUAUUCCAUUACAACUGAAGAUGUUUACAGAAAUUUUUAAAACUUUAGAAGAUUAUGAGAAAGAAAAGGAGAAAAUAAGUGAACUUUAUUUAUUUAAUGAGUAUAUAAACAGACAUUUAGAAAAAUACAAGUCAAAUGUUUCAAAAUCUCAGUUGAAAAUGUUCGCAUGUAGAUUAUUAUUUACCGAUGACGUUUUGAAAGACGUAUUGACUAUUUACAUUGAAGACUUGCAAGACAUUAUUAAAGAAUAUAAAAUAGUAAACGAGAAAGAUUUUAUAUUAACUGGAAUAAGAAAUCAAGAUACAGUAGAAUUUACACAUGGAUCUUUCGCAGAAUUCUUAAGCGCUCAAUUAAUUGUGGAGAGAGUGGCAAAGUAUCUAGAUACUUGUAAAGAUAAAAGCAAAUAUAAUGAUUUUUUAAAAAUGUUACAUGAAAAUGGCAGUUAUAGGAAUGUUUUAAGGUAUUUAAAUCUGAUUUUGACUGAAGAAUUACCUCUACAUUAUGCCAUUGUAAACGGUAACAUAAACCAAAUUUUGAAAUUAAGAGAACAGAGGUACGCAAUAAAAAGAGAUAAAUUUGGCAGAACAGCCGCACAUCUUCUAUGUUUUCUUGGAAAACGGCAUAUAUUAGGUGGUGGGAGUGUUAAAAUAGUUAAUGAAUACACGUGCCCCGACCAGGAUACUUUGAAAUCAAUUAUAAGACUCAUUGCCUCUUUUAAGAUGUUCUGUGAACUUGAUUCAUUUGAAAAUAAGCCGUUCAAGUACUGCUUAUGGACCGCAUGUUACGAUAUUUUAGAUGAGAUCUGUGCAUAUUAUCAUGUUUCAAAUAUUCCUGAGACCGACUUCAAUAAAUACGUUGCAUAUUGCAUAAUACUAAAGGGAUAUAUUAACUUAUUUAUAGAUAAUGAAAUACCUUUAAAUUCAAUUUUGACAGAUUCAAGCACGUAUAAUCGUAUGGCUACUAAAAUGUCAAUCACACUAAACUGCAAAUACUGGGUGGAAAUGAUAUACUGCCACAUUAAUGUUGAUUAUGCUGAUUAUUUUUUAGAUUACAAGCCAGAUUUAUUAAAAUUAGUUGUGUUGGUAAAAAAUUAUACUUUAUUUGAUACGAUUUUGAAAAAGACAGAUACUAUCUUAUUUAAAGACUGUAAUCAAGCAAUAAGAAUUGCCCUAGCAAAUAAAAGUAGGAAUUUUGCUGAGCAUUUGAUAACUUUAACAGAUAAUAUUAAUGAUGUUGAUGUAGCAGGAGAUACAUUGGUUCACUUUGCUGUAAAGGUACAUUCUCCAUGUGAAACUAUAAAAUGUCUUAUUAAUGCAGGCAGUAACCUAGCACUAACAAACUGGAGAGGAGAUACAGCGAUAGACUCCACUACAAUAAUAUAUAAAACCAACUUCGAAAUCGUUGUGAAAAAUAUUCUUAGUGGCACAAAUUUUGUAUGGUUCCAAGUAAUAAAAAGGUGCAUCGAGCCACGCAUGAUUCAGACUCUGUCGGAAGUUGGAGUAGAUAUUGUAACACCUAAUGAAAUGGGUCGAACAUUGUUACACGAAUUAGUGCUUAAAAAAAAAGUGAAAUAUUUAGAACUUUAUACUAGUCUAGCCGAACUUGGCGUAGACAAGAAUGCUAAAGAUGUAGACGGUUCGACAGCGCUGCACCUUUUAAUUGAACAGCAUCAUCGCAAUAUAAAAAAAGAAAUAACAAAGUUAAUUAAAAUUGGAGUGAAUGUAAAUGAAGUUAACGGCAAAGGGUUGACCGCAUUAGACCUAGUGAAGACAGAAAGAUUCAAUGAAAAAAGCCUAAUUAAAUUGUUACAAGAUAACGGAGCAGAAUUUUCUUGCGAAAAUACGGAAACUCCCAAUAUUAGUAAAAAGAAUUUGAAGUUUUUAAAACAAAAUCUUUUGGAAAAAGCAGUUUUAGUUCAGAAUUUGCCGAAUUUGACAGUUCUGAGACUGAAAGCAUAUUUGGAAUUAAGUAUGAAAGAGAAUCCAGUACAAAUUGUAAAAAUCUUGGAGUUAAAAAAUUGCAAUCGUUUUUUAAUUGAAGUUGCUUUAAAAGCCGACGUGACUAAAAUAAUUAGAAAUGAAACUUUGAAAACGUUUGUUAACAUCGAAGAAUGCAAAAAACAUUUGAUAUUAAAAGAUUUAAAAUUUGUUUAUGAAGAACUUUCAAAAUCUAGUCAAUAAUAAAAUAUUUUAAUCAAUGGACGUCGUAAUGGAAAUUGUGUCCAAUGUGGUCUCAGAGAGGAAUAUAAAAAUUAAAUAAUUUUAAAUUUAUUAUAUUUAAAAUACGUUUACUAACAUACUAAUACUAAUUAUUAUAAUACAUUGUUAUAUUAGUUAUUCUUAUUAUGUAAUAUUUUUAUUUAUAAAAAUAAAUUAAACGUUUAUAUUUUUUAUAUAUGUAUGUAUAUAUUAGUAGUGAAAAUAAAAAAAUUUAAAAAUGUA